GUGGAGAUAAGCACAGCCUGCUGUCUCAUACUGGAGGACGCUGGUAUAAAAACUCUGCUGCUCUUAACUGCACAGUUGCCUCCCUGCUGUCAUUCACAACAAUAUUGGCUUAGGAUUUUUUAAUCUUUGACCAUGUGUAAAGGACUUACAACACUCUCUGCAACAUGCUUGAAAAGUGCCAAAGACAUCAAGCACAAAAUAAGCUUCUUACUCCAGAAACCUGAACCCCAUGCAGCGGAUCAGAAGGAGAUAAAAGAGAAAAUUGCUACUGCUGCUGCAAAGAGGGUGCCUGAUGCAGCUGAGGUGGAGAAAUGGAAGGAGUCUUUCAGCCAUGUCGUCAGCAGUGAGACUGGUCGUGUGGUCUUCACCAGCUUCCUGAAGUCAGAGUUCAGCCAAGAAAACAUGGACUUCUGGAUUGCUUGUGAGGACUACAAAAAGACUCCACUGUCCAAGCUGGCAAGCACAGCCAAGCAGAUCUACCAGCACUACGUGGAGGCAGAUUCUCCAUGUGAGGUAAACUUGGACGCAGCAACCAGAGAAAAAACAAAGCAGGAAGUUACGAACGCCAGCCUGUCGUGUUUUGAUGAGGCUCAGAAGAUGAUCUACACGUUGAUGGAAAAGGACUCCUACAGGCGUUUCCUCAAAUCCAAACUGAUUGAGGAUCUGUGUCAGAUAGAGACUUGCAAUGUUCUGGAGAAGAAAGGCUGUGACUGGAGUGACAACAGGCAGGUGCUAGCUGGUGGUGCCUAAAUGAUAAAAAAAAAAAAACCUGUGAAGAUUUAAAGCAGGUGCCAAAGAUUGAAGAUGUGUGAGUGAACUAGAUUAAGAAAGACUAGAGAUUAGGAAAAAGAGUGUUCUUGAAAGUGACUUUGAAGGUUUAUUUCCAUAAGCAAAAUUUUUCUUUACAUACUUCUACUUACUGGCUUUGUUUGUUUGGUAGUCGUAUUCAAUAAAAAUAUGUUUUUCAUUUCUGCUUACACAAUCAGCUGUCUUAUAAUUUUCUGAAUCAGAGAGGUUAAUAAGGACAGGCUGAAUGUUUCACAUGUCCAUGCAUGAUACAAAUACUUUUAGGGUGAGAGAAGAAGCUUCUGGAAUCCCACCCAAAUAUAACAUCUCCUAGUGAAAUGGAAAACAAUCUAAAGCUACCUCUAGCCAACAGACACACCUUCAAAGGACCAUAUUUUGCUUAAAAAAGAUGUAGUCACCAAUGAAAAGAUGAAAUAAAAGUGAAAGACUGUUUAAAGACAUGAAAUGAAUGUUCACAUGUAGUCCUGUAGUCCAUGAUAUGGGGGGGGGGGGGGGGGGGGGGGUCACACUUUUCAUUGUGCAAAUGUGUUGGGAUAAAAAAGGGAUGAAAUCUAGAAUUUUCUGAAUUAAUCUCUGAAUUUGGAAACCAGUAUAAACAAUACCGGAAGAG